GAAGCACUUCAUACUGCUACCCUUUGCCUGUGGUGUGGUGUAUGUGUGCGUUUUCUUUUUUGCGAGGAUGUGAUGCGAUAACUCUCAGAAAGAGCAGUCUCUGACAACGCACACCCUUCUCUACUGCCACUCAAGCACAUUUUCAGCAUUUUUAUCCAAAGAAUUUUGGUGGAUAUGACGGCGUUAAUGCGUCGGUGCCUUCAAUGAAAUCAGAGGCCAUUGAUUGGAAACUGCGCUGGAACAGCUGGAACAGAGACCAUGGGGAACUGUAGCUCUUACGACUCGGACGACGGCUUCUCCUACCACCCCGAUGAUGAGAUCUGCGAGCACUGCAACUGCCCCAUUCCUCCAAACCAGCUCUUGCCUGGCGACACCAAGCCCCUGUUUAACGCCAACUACACGCCUCCUCCGACCUCACCGUUACCAGAUAACUUGGUGGUGGCGAAGUACUCCUAUAAACCAUGCCACGCUGAUGACCUGGGCUUCGAGAAAGGCGAGAAGAUGAAGAUCAUUGGCGAUGAUGAUCCUGAGUGGUUCAUGGCCGAGUCUCUGUCGACGGGACAGAGGGGGUUCGUGCCACGUAACUUUGUGGCCAAACUCAACAGCAUGGAGACAGAACCCUGGUUUUUUAAGAAUCUCUCCAGAAUCGAUGCCAUGAGGCUCCUGCUGGCCCCCGGCAACACACAGGGCUCCUUCCUGAUCCGAGAGAGCGAGACCACGCCAGGCAGCUUCUCUCUCUCUCUGCGAGAUCUGGAUCACAAUCAAGGUGAUGUCAUCAAGCACUACAGAAUCCGCAACCUGGACGCCGGCGGCUUCUACAUCACCAGCAAGAUCUCCUUCAACUCCCUGGCCGAGCUGGUGAAACAUUACUCACGAGAUGCAGACGGUUUGUGCACACGUCUGGUGAAACCGUGCCAGACACGAAUGCCUCAGAAGCCAUGGUGGCAGGACGAGUGGGAGAUUUCGCGCGAGUCGCUCAACCUGGAGAGACGACUGGGACAGGGACAGUUUGGAGAAGUCUGGAUGGGUUUGUACAAUAAUAACCGGAGAGUGGCCAUUAAGAGUCUGAAACCGGGCACCAUGUCCAUCGCCGCCUUCCUGGCCGAGGCUAACCUGAUGAAGAACCUGCAGCACCCACGACUCGUACGUCUCUUCGCUGUGGUCACGGAGGAACCCAUCUACAUCGUCACCGAGUUCAUGGAGAACGGCAGCCUGGUGGAUUUUCUGAAAACAUCCGAGGGAUCAAAUCUACAAAUCAACACCCUGAUCGAUAUGGCCUCACAGGUGGCUGAUGGUAUGGCCUACAUCGAGCAGAAGAACUACAUCCACCGAGACUUGAGAGCUGCCAACAUCCUGGUGUCUGAGGAACUCAUUUGCAAGAUUGCAGACUUCGGCCUUGCUCGGCUCAUCGAGAACAACGAAUACACAGCCAGGGAAGGUGCAAAGUUUCCCAUCAAAUGGACGGCUCCUGAAGCCAUCAACUACGGCACGUUCUCCAUCAAAUCAGACGUCUGGUCUUUUGGCAUCCUGCUGACUGAGAUUGUGACCUACGGCAGAAUUCCUUACCCAGGUAUGACAAAUCCUGAGGUGAUCCAGAACUUGGAGAAAGGGUACCGCAUGCCUCGUCCGGACAACUGUCCCGAGGACCUGUACAGCAUAAUGAAGGAGUGUUGGACGGAUAGUCCGGAGAACCGCCCUACAUUCGAGUACCUGCGCAGCGUCCUGGAGGACUUCACCACGGCCACUGAGCGGCAGUAUCAGGAGCAGCCUUACUGAGGACCAACCACACGAGAGCUUCAAAAGACAGAAACGUCCCCCAUCCUUUCCCCCCCACAAGUCAUGUUCUGUAUAUAGCCUACUGAGAUCCUAAUUUGAGGAUGGUCAGGUCUCUCUCUCGCUCUUUUUAUUUCCUGUUUAAAUAUUGGUGAUUAUUUCCUGUAGUUUUAUUUGCUUGAUAUAUUAAAAAAGGCUGAAGAUGUCUGAGAACGAAAAAAAAAAAAAUCCAACACAUCUGUCCCUAACCAGCCUCUUUUCCUCCCCCCUUUUGAAGUACAGAAUAAUUGCUCCUUGUAUGUAAUUCUGGGAGGGAAAAAAAAAAAGUCUAUACUCGCAGGAGGAUCCUCACACCAAGAAAUUUAUGAAAAUGUUAACUUUUUUUUGGUGUCUGUUAAUGUAUAAAUAAAAAGUCAUUUAAUACA